AGUCGGGCUGCUUAUGUCAUCUGGCUGAGACCAGUUGGCUCCUGCUAUACAGCACCUCGGAGGAGGAGGGAGGUGGAGCUUCUGUGACCAAGAUCAUGCCUAAUAGCGAGAGGUUUUCUGGGCUGCAGGGACCGCUAGGCUUGGGAUGAAAGAAGCAGGGCAGAUGCAAGAUCUGGAGAGCGCGGGGGCCGGGCGGUCAGUCAGCACCCAGACUGACAGCAUGAUCGGUCAAAUACCAAGGCUUUCUAAAGUUAACCUUUUCACUCUGCUCAGUCUUUGGAUGGAGCUCUUCCCAGCAGUAGAAGCUCGAAGACAAAAAUCUCAGGUGAAGAAAACUGGUCUUGUGGUGGUGAAAAACAUGAAAAUUAUUGAUCUUCACUGUUCGAGUGAAGAUUUACAUGCUGGGAAAAUUGCUCUUAUAAAACAUGGGUCAAGGCUGAAAAACUGUGAUCUUUAUUUUUCUAGAAAACCAUGUUCUGCUUGUUUGAAAAUGAUUGUAAAUGCUGGAGUUAACCGAAUUUCAUAUUGGCCUGCUGAUCCAGAAAUAAGUUUGCUUUCUGAGGCUUGUAGUUCUGAAGAUGCAAAGUUAGAUGCCAAAGCAGUGGAAAGAUUGAAAUCGAACAGUAGGGCCCAUGUGUGUGUCUUGCUUCAGCCUUUGGUGUGUUAUAUGAUGCAGUUUGUAGAGGAAACCUCUUACAAAUGUGAUUUUAUUCAAAAAAUUGCAAAGGCAUUCCCAGAUGCUAACACUGACUUUUAUUCUGAAUGUAGACAAGAAAGAGUAAAAGAAUAUGAAAUGUUAUUUUUGAUUUCAAAUGAAGAACUACAUAAGCAGAUACUGAUGACUAUAGGUUUGGAAAACCUAUGUGAAAAUCCAUACUUUAGCAAUCUAAGGCAAAACAUGAAAGACCUUAUCCUGCUUUUGGCUACAGUAGCUUCCAGUGUGCCUAACUUUAAACACUAUGGAUUUUAUUGUGACAAUCCUAAACAGAUUAAUGAAAUUCACAAUCAAUGUUUGCCACAAGAAAUUGCAAGACACUGCAUGGUUCAGGCCAGGUUAUUGGCAUAUCGAACUGAGGAUCAUAAAAUAGGAGUUGGAGCAGUAAUUUGGGCAGAAAGAAAAUCUGAAAAUUGUGAUGGGACAGGUAUGAUGUACUUCAUAGGAUGUGGUUAUAAUGCUUUUCCUGUUGGAUCUGAGUAUGCUGACUUCCCCAAUAUGGAUGACAAACAGAAAGACAGAGAAAUAAGGAAAUUUAGAUACAUUGUCCAUGCGGAACAGAAUGCCUUGACAUUUAGGUGUCAAGAAAUAAAACCAGAAGAAAAAAGUAUGAUUUUUGUGACAAAAUGCCCAUGUGAUGAGUGUGUACCUUUAAUUAAAGGUGCAGGCAUAAAACAAAUCUAUACAGGGGAUAUAGAUGUUGGAAAAAAGAAGGCAGACAUCUCUUACAUGCGAUUUGGAGAACUUCAGGGUAUUAGCAAAUUUACAUGGCAACUGAAUCCAUCAGGAAGUUGUGUUCUUGAACAAAACGAGCCUGAAAGCAAAGAGAAAUCAAACCUGCAAUCUUGGCAUAUGGACAGUGCUCUACCAAAUGAGCUAAACAUCCAGGACCACAAAGAUGGUGUGAUGAGACCCAUCCCUCUGAAUGAAGAGCUGCACCAGAACAAGAAGCUUUGUCUUGGAAACCACUAAGAAGUCCCAUCUAAAUCGGAGAGAAGACUUAAAGAAUUUUUAUUACACUUUUAAAAGUCAGCCUUGUUAACUCAGAAAAUAAGGGUGGAUUUUGUAAAUAGUUGAAAUUUUAAGAAAGCUAAUUUAUUACUAGUAUAUGAAUGAUGUUAAUGAGAAUAUUUUUAUUUGCGAUAUAUUUGUUUUUCAAAAUAUAAAACUAUGCUCUUUUAUUAUACUAAAUGGGGUAGUGGUGAUUUAAUGAGACCAAUAUAAUUGCCCAGAGGGGUUGAUUUUUCCCUCUGUUUGCUUUAUAUUAGGAGGUCACAUCUCAGCAGAGAAAUGCACAUAUUUUAAGAAAUAUUAAUUCCUUUGGAUUAUGACAGGGACAGUUAGUAAACUGCUCUAGGAAUGUAAAUAACAACUUUGCCAUUUUUAAGAAUCAAUGUAUAGAUCACCAAAAAUUCACAGUUAUACUCAAAGCUUUCUAAUAACCAGAACUGAUUUAAGAUUGAAUCAUAAAAAUGAAGUUGGUGGAACUAGUCUGCAUUAUUAAAAGUAUAUUUUAAAAGGUUAUUUUUAUUAAGCUGAUAUGUGGAAAUCAUAAUGAUUUGUUU